AAGGGGUUGACUACCCCGUACGCGCUACACAUGGCUGCCAGCUGGCACCAAGUCCUGCCAGCUGUUAUUGGGCAAGCUCAGUGGUGCUGAUGGCCGUCAAUCAACCUCUUGCUUAGUGCACCAACUUCAAGCAGCUAUCAUCCUGCCUUUACAAGCCAUCCAUCUCCAUCUUCAAUUUUACCUGUGACGCGUUUGACGCGACCGCCAAAAUGUCAGAUAAAGGUGCCUCCCCGCGACAUGCACGCGACGAACCGUCCCCUCCUCAUAUGAAACGUAGGAAUGAUGCUCGCAGUCAAUCGCCUCCUCGCAGUGUAGAAGAUCGGGCGGAUGGUCACAGGAGACGCGAUGACUACCGGUCUCGAAACGACGAUGAUCGACCCCGCGCCUCCCGCGAUAAUUGGAGGGAUCGGAGAAACCACGAUGAUGAUAAAUCGAACAGGCGGUAUGGAACUCGCGAAGACGACCGAUCUGAGCGGAGAGAUAGAAACAGAGACUCGGAUGAGCGCCGGGACAGGGACCGACCAAGACCGAAAAAGAGUUUCGGUGGGAUCAAAUACAAGGAGAAGCGUCGCGAUGAUGAUGACGAUCGAGACGGUAAUCGCCGAGGAGAUUCGUACCGCGGGUACCGCAAUCGCUCGCCUUCGCCUCGACGAAGAAACUAUGACCGCGAUGAGCCCUCGUCUUCAUCCUCUAAAAAUACCAAGAAAAAGUCUGCAGAGACAGACACUUCGAAGCCACCGUCUCGGGCGCCUGCGGCUCCUGUCGCCAGCGGCGAGGAGAUGAUCAUUGUGCACGUGAACGACCGACUGGGAACCAAGGCGGCCAUUCCUUGCUUCGCAAGUGACCAUAUCAAAGAGUUUAAAAUCAUGGUUGCAGCAAGGAUUGGACGAGAACCGCACGAAAUCUUAUUGAAGAGACAGGGGCAGCGCCCAUUCAAGGAUAUGCUCACACUUGCCGACUACGAGAUUAGUAACGGCGUACAAUUGGAUCUUGAGGUUGACACAGGGGAUUAAGGGCAACACUGGAUCUAACUUUGGUAUAAAAGCGAAGCGUAACGGCUUUGCUCAGGAGAUUACUACCAACUGUUGAUGGCUUGGUGUCCUACUGAUAAGCCUUGUGCAUAUCCAUAUCGCAGACAAUUUCCUGAGUCAUGAUACUUACUGCUCCAAAGCGACUGCGGGCUCGGAAUCGCAUGAUAAUAGGUGUUCCUGCCUAUAUGGAAGCUGAUGCAAAUUCAAGGGCAACCCCGUCCGAACUACAGACUUCCUCUAUGGCACAGAAUGAACCCCAGCU